AUGGUUUUCUACCAACAGUCUACCAACCGCCUCAAGUCAAGUCCUGAGAGGAAUGUGUACAGAAUAUGGGUACUGUUAUGUUACAGUUGGAUUUGCUAGAAUGUCUUUCAGUGUGACUGACUGUACUCCAACACCAACUCUCCAUUCCUCUAUCUCUCUCCUCUCAGGUUUGAUUACCAGGAGCUGCUCCACAACUCCACCUUCUGCCUGGUUCCUCGGGGUCGUCGCCUGGGCUCCUUUCGCUUCCUAGAGUCUCUACAGGUAGGAUGCCAAAUACUGAUCACAAUAAACUAACAUGGUCUUAGAAGAAUGCCAAAUACUGCUCCCAAUACACUAGCAUGGUCCUAGAAGAAUGCCAAAUACUGCUUCCAAUACACUAGCCUGGUUCCAGAUAUGUGACCUGUUUGUGAUGUCUUGCCAACUCCUAUGACCAACUCCUGGGACCAGGCUACGAGUACGAAUACAACUCUGAACUAUCAAGAUUAUGGAUUGACGUGGAUUGUGUUAUCAGUUACACUAUUCGUAUCAUAGCCACACUCUGCCCAACUAUCGUAUGAAGAUCUUUAUGUGCUGUACUAACGUGUACAAUUUAUGGUGGUGUUGGCUGAUUUGCUACAAGAAAAAAAGAAAGAAGGGGGUGGAUCUUUGGUAAAUAUAACGUUGAAAGGGUUUACCUUUCAUCAAAUUUAGCUUCAAUAAACCAUGUAGUACAUUAAAUAAUGAUCUUAGAUGGACUGUAUGGAUUUACCACCCAUGUUGAUGUUUUGGUGAUGGAGCUGUGUUCAUGGUUUUACCUACCAAUGAACCUCCCAGACUCUUGUAUUCCCUGGCUAUCUCUCUCUCGGAGUCUCUCAAUGGUCCGGAAGCUUCCAUAGGGGUGCCAGCCUGCCACACUGCUGAUCUGAGCUUAAUGGGCAAAUCCACUGAACGCAGGGCUUGGCAGGGAAGCUCACUCUCACACAGAUAACUCACUCCUCCGCACUCACUCCCCCACUCUCUCCCUCCUUCUCCCUCUGUUUCUCUUCCCUUUCUUCCUCUGUCUCCUUUGCUUUUCCAUUCAGGCCAGUCUGAGAUUUGUAAGAUCUCCUUUUACUCUCCAUGCCAGCCCAAGCCCACGAAAGAAUGGGCAAUUACCAGUGUGGUAGGAAACUUACUGCCAGCGUUCCAACUCUCGGUACAUACACUCCUGCGGGGGCACACACACACACGGACAAAUGGCUGAGUACACACACAUACACACACACACACACACACACACACACACACUACCCCUGAUGCUCCUCUCUUCAUCUCCCAAUGCAAACUACCAAAAAACAACAACACACAUAUCCCCACAUGCUGAGCUGCACUGGGAUCCAGUCAGGGGAAAACUUCUUAGUCAGUCCGCCUCAAAGCACCUCAUCUCUGGGGAAAUGGCUCAGGCGAGCCUCAGGCUUCACGUCAGCUCUGGAGGCCUCAACGUCUGGCUUGACCCUGUUACCUGGAGCGUAGCCUAGCAUAUCUUAGUGUUGUCUGCAUGGCUGCCUGAGUGAGGGCCGGUCGCUGGUGAGGCAACUAGCGGAGCUUCAAACCGCCAGAGGGGGAAUCUCAGUCGGAGUCAUCUGAUCUCAGUCUGAAGCUGGUUCUGGCUGCUCUCCUGUGAUUUAAUUAGAUAAAGAAAUAAAACCAACACCCAAGACCGCAGCUUAGAGAGAGAGGGAGAAAGAAUGAAGGAGGGAGGGAGCUGAAAAAAGACAAGUAGAACAACAUCAAAAACCUGGCUGUCAGUAAACAAGGGGAUACAGCAACAUCAAACACAACUUCAAUAAACCAUGAUGUAUUAUCCCCCUCCUCUCCCCAUUUCUCUCAUACUCACUCCCUCUCUCCAUCCUCCCGGUGUAGUGUACUUAAUUAGCAGACUAGGAGUUUGUUAAAUCAGCGUGUGUGUUGUGUGUGUGUGUGUAACGCAGCAGAAGUUUGGUCUCUUUCUCUCUAGGGCCCCAAGGGGCUCCUGGGACUGUUAAGAUAGUAGCUGUGACUCAUGCAACCUCCCCGAGAGAGUGUCACACACACACACACUGCAUCAUUAAUUUCAUGAUCUGCUCAGACUGCCUUAUUGAAGUACCAGCUGGUACUAUAUGGUGGUAUGUGUCAGAGACGAAGACUGGAAAUCUAGACAACGUAUUUAUAUUGAAUGUCUACCACAAGCAGAGCAGAUGAACAAUGGUAGCAUUACCAAUUACCCUUACCAUUUCCUGUCUUUGUCUCCUUGUCACACUGACUCAGUCUUUCUCCUUCUGUUUCCACUCGCUCUCUCUAUAUCUCUCUCUCCGUCUAGGCGGCAUGUAUUCCAGUGUUGCUCAGUAAUGGUUGGGAGCUGCCCUUCUCUGAUGUCAUCCAGUGGAACCAGGCUGUCUUAGAAGGAGAUGAGAGAUUGCUACUGCAGGUAACGCGCGCACACACACGUGCGCACACACGCACGUCCCGCACGUUUACAGCAGUUCUGGAAUCAAUACUGUUUGAACCCAGUUGAUACAGGAAAUAACCUGACGUCCAGCUAGAUAAUGAACAAAAAAUAUAUAUAUUAUAUAUAUGUUGGAAAGGACAUCAUAGGACAUAGAAUUGACAGAUUCAAAAUGGAAUUGACCCAAAACAACAUUAGGCCCACAUGUGCAUCCAUAUACCCACACACAUACGCUCGCAUGUACACACACACACACAAACACACACGCACACACACUCCUCCCCCUCACACACUCUGACCACCCACAAGCAUAUACACGCACACACAAACACACACACGUGCCUCGGGGUUAGGGAUGUGGAAAUUGAGUUUUGAGGGAAUAAAGCUGGUGACGGGAGGUUGAAUGGGGCCAAGCACAUCAGAGAGACAGGAGAUCAUUGAGAGGUGAAUCUCUCUUUCAGAUCUAGAGAUGAGAGGAGAGAGAGUGAGAGGGAGGAGAUAGAGAGAGGGAAAGAGGAGUAGGAUAUAGGAAAGGAUGAGGGAGGCCCUUUGCUUCCUCAGGUCCCCAUCAUUAGAAAAGCUGUUAUAUGGUAAAGAUUAGGUUCUAGGGGAGUCAACUGGCUACCUGACUGGCCUUUUAACAUCACUGUAGAAGAUGCAGACUUCCCUGCUAGGCUAACUUGAUUUAAUCAUAAUCAAAUCACAUGGCCAUUUAGCAGAUGUUUUUAUCCAAAGUAAUCGCCUGUUGUAGACUUACAGGGUAGGUGAGUCAACUGGAUAUAUUUCCUCUUUCUCCAGCUAGCUGAUGCAUUCAUGGUAUUUCGUUUAGGAGAGUGAACGGGGUGAAUAUGGGCGCGACCCCCUUUAUUUUCCUCUAGUACAGCGUAGUGUCAUCGCUUAACUUACCUGAAAUGUAAUUCAGGUAAACCAUGUGUGAAGUAAGAGUACUACCUCUGAUGGAAGUAGUCUGCACUAUAGACAGAGCUAGGUGAGCUAGGAUAGCUGCUGGGCACCUGUCCUGAACCGUAGCUCUUCCUCUGGCAAAAGAAUAGCACCUGUCCUGAACCGUAGCUCUCCCUCUGGCAAAAGAAUACCAUUUAUAGUGGAUUAGUGUCUGACCUGUCUUCCUCUAUAGUACGGGUUAUUGACUGUCAGAGCAGGUUGAGUCGAGUCGAGAAUAAAAUGCUAGGGGCUUUCUCUUUCUUCACACACACAUACACACACACACACACACACACACACACACACUAAUGGCUAGGUGUGUGUUUCAUAUCAAAGGGUUUACAGCCUUGCAGGUAAAAAUUGAACAUUAUACUGUAAGAAAACGUAAUUAUUUUACAAGGCAGUUAAGAGAGCAGUGUCAUUCUAUGAAGUACAUUUCAUUCUGCAACAUUCUGAUUGUUUUAUCCUGUUGAAUACAUGACCUUGCCUGCUGUGCUCUCCCUUUUCUAUCUCUCUCAACCCUCCUAUCCUCUCUCUCAACUUCCACCCUCCCUCUCUCCCUCGUUCUUCCUCCUCCUCUCUCUCUCAGGUCCCGUCUACAGUGCAUGCGGUGGGAAAUGAGCGAGUCCUAGCUCUGAGGCAGCAGACCCAGAUGCUAUGGGAGGCCUACUUCUCCUCCGUGGACAAGAUAGUCCUCACAACACUGGAGGUAGUUGAUAAGGAGUGUAGGGUCAUUAGGCACCAAACGGGAGUAAGGGUACUGAAACAGGAAAGGACUAUCUGGACCAAUAAGAAAUUCUUGUUUUUGUUUUCUGUUGCAAAAUGUUUUUCUAUAGUGUGCUCUAAUGAACGACCCAGAAACUGUGAGAGAGAGAUGGAUUUUCCUCAGGUUCAUUUGUAUGGGAUUGGAUUGGAUGUUUUGUUCUUAUACUGACACCAGCUGGUCAAAGUGAGGAAGUGCAGAUAGCUGCAUUUGUAUUCUUGAGGUGAUUGCUUCAGUUUUACACACAAAGUUGGCCAGCCCAUAUGGGCAUAGAUAAUGAUGGUUUGAACAUAUGGGUACUUCAGGGCGUUCUAACAGAUUAACAUACGUAGCUCCCCUCAAACCUCACCGUGUCAUCUCUCUCUUGCUCUCUCUCCUCAGAUAAUUAAGGACCGGGUGUUCUCCCACGUCUCCAGAAAUAAGUACAUGUGGAACGCCCUGCCAGGGGGCCUGCUGGUCCUGCCAGAGUACUCCACUCACCUGGCCCACUUCCCCUUUUAUUACCUGAGUCUAGGUAAGGAACCACACCAGACUGGACUGGACCGGUUCCGACUAGUUCAGACCAAGCUCAUCCUUAUAAUUAUUCAUCCUCAAUAGGGUCUCCUCUGAUAAAACAAAAAUAGACAUUUCUUAAAGUUUAUAAUUAUUUGGCUCCUACAUUAAUGUUACUACUUUCAUAUAUGCAAAGCUGUAAUGUACAAGGUAGAUAGUAAAAGUGAAUAUGGUGUAAUUGCAGACCGCAAUUCGGGGCGUAGGUGUCAAUUCUUGAUGUGGGUGUUCCCUAAUAUCAGGAAGCGCUCAUUGAUACCUGCCAUUAGUCAGUUCCGGUGUUAUCAGACUGAUGGUUUCUUGACACAGAUGAUUUGUUUACAUAGCAGGUUAGGAUAAUUAACAUGGCAGGUUAGGAUAAUUAACAUGGCAGGUUAGGAUAAUUUCCGUGGCAGGUUAGGUGAAUUACGUGGCAGGUUAGGUAAAUUAGUGUGGCAGGUUAAGAGACUGAGGUUAAGGUUAGGUUUAGGGUUAGGCUUAGCUACAAUGUUACAGUUGUCAACAACUGUUGUCCCCGACACAAAAGAUACAGCAACGGAUCAAUGGCAAGCAUCAACGGGUGUAAUUUGACAUCAAGAAACGCCGAUAUCAGAAAACGCCCCUAAUUGCAGUCUGCAAUUACAACCCUUCUUGUAAAAGUAGAAACUCUUCUCCCUUACCUUCUCCUCCCUCCUCAUUCCUUCCUGCAGGGGUCAGUCCUGGUCAAGAGUUCACAGCCAUCAUCCAUGCCGUUUCCCCAUUGGUCUCCCAGUCUCAGCCAAUCAUGAAGCUGCUUCAAGUGGUCUCCAAGUCCAAAUACUGUUCACAGGUGAGUGUGUUUUAGCGUGUCGGUGAGUAAGAGUUCAUACGUAGCAAAUAGACAGCUCUACAUUGCUUCAUUAAGCCUAAUAACCCUUAUGCUUAUUGUGUCACACACUAUUCCUUCCCCCUCUAGAUCAUCAUCCUGUGGAACAGUGAGAAGCCACCGCCCCACAGGAGUAAAUGGCCCCCCAUGCCUGUCCCCCUCACUGUGACAGACGGUAGGAGGAAGGUUAGUGACAAUGACGAGUCGCCAAACUCCCCAGUCAGGCCACGAGUGACAGAAUGACAAACCCCCCCCCCCCCCCCCCCCCCCCCCCCCCCCUCUCACAGUGAAUCUAUGGGAGUAACCUCCUUCCUUUGUCACUGCUUGUCAUUCACUCAUCCUCUCCCCCCCCCAUACCACAGAGGAGCGGACAGUGUCCAUGUCAUUCCUUCAUUCUCCAAAACACAAACCAACCACAUUGAAACCUAACAAGGAACGGAAAUGACCGUCUCUCUCUCUCAAUGCCCCUCUCUCCAGACGAGCAGUCGUUUCCUGCCCAACGUGGCCAUAGAGACAGAGGCAGUGCUGAGUCUGGAUGAAGAUACAGUCCUGCUGACCAGUGAGGUAUGACCUUCCUAUACAACAACACACUGUGGUAGAAAACACACACCCACACGCUUUAGCCAUCUAACUGUACUCAUUCUUACCGCAGGUGAACUUUGCUUUCUUGGUGUGGAUGAGUUUUCCUGAGCGCAUCGUGGGCUACCCCCCCAGGAGUCACUUCUGGGACCCAGUGAAGAAUGCGUGGGGGUACACCUCCAAGUGGACUAACGAGUACUCCAUCGUUCUGACAGGAGCAGCCUUCUACCACAGGUACUGUAACCAAAGAAUCGGCCUCCCCAUUCAAGUCAACCACUCAAAUUGCCAGGGUUAGAGGUUCCAAGCCCUUUCUAUGGAUUCUAUUUCUAUGACUAACAUUAUAAUCUACUGACACACAAUAGAACAACAUAGUAUUCAAACUAAAAACAUUAAACAGAUGGUCUAUGAGCUGUGGCUACUACAUGAGGUAUCUUAAUACCCUUGCAUUUUGCCCUUAGAAGAAAGUAUUACCAGGUUUAAUGUAUAGUUCAAUAUCAAUACCCCAACCAACAAGAUCUGACAAGUAGAUACAUACAUUGGCUACAUCACCUAUUUCUUUGCUAUCUCUCAACCUUCCAUUUCCUCUCCAUCAGGUACUAUCACUACUUGUUCUCCCACUACCUGCCCCCCUCCCUGCGGGCGCUGGUGGACCGCACCUCCAACUGUGAGGACAUCCUCAUGAACUUCCUGGUUUCCGCCGUCACCCACCUGCCGCCAAUCAAAGUGGCCCAGAGGAAACAGUACAAGGAUCUUCCCAGCCCACAGGUGAGGCCACACCCAUCGAUGGUGAAUCUGACCAAUGAGCUGCCCAGCCCACAGGUGAGGCCACACCCAUAGAUGGUGAAUCUGACCAAUGAGUGCUCAUUAUUAGUUCUUUGUUACUGUAGUCAUGACUGAUAUGAUAUCAAAGAAUGACAGCAGUAUUGGUGUCCAAAACAAAGACAAUUAAAUAACUUUUAACAAGGGUUAGACAGAGUUACAUCAGUAAUAGAUAUUGUAUAAAAUAAUAAUUGAAUCCUUUUCUGCGCCCUCAGGCACAGAAUAAAGUUUUAUGUUAUUGCGGUGAGAACACACAAUAAUAAUCAAGAGCAAACCUUUCUGUUCAAAUGACCUCGGCUGAAAGUCAGCCCGUUGCACAACCUCAACAAAACCAUUUCCUGUAAAUGUCUGCUGCCUAUAAUUGACAAUUGCUGAUAAGAAUGACAACAAUUUUUUUUUAAUGUGACAGUACCUUACUCAAGUCUAUUUUAGUGAAGAUGAGAUUGUCCCAGAAAGACAAACAGACAGUGUAUGUCAGCCAGUAUGUCACAGACUGAAGGUUAUGUCUUCCUACUCUAUCAGACUGGAGAUAAGAAAAAGUUCUGUGCAACCCUAUGUGUCCGACGUGAGAUCAACUAGCCAUCAUAAUUGUAACAGUUCCCUAGUUUUCUGACAAGCAAUAUACAUAUCAGUCAUAUAUCUUUAUCAGCCUAUAGAUAAGAUUGAGGCAUGAAGUCACCAGUAAUUAUCUACAGUAUACAUUCCCACAGUAUACAGAACCAUAACUAUAUUUCUUCAUCCCGUCUGUACAUUGAUGUGAUAUGCAACUUUGCGGACGACCACCUUGGUUUCAAACUCACCCUCUUUUUCUCUCUCCUCCAUAUCCUCUUUUUCUCUCUCCUCCUAGGGUACGAAGAUGAGUGCUCCAUGGGCCAACCCAGAGCACUUUACCCAGAGACAGGAGUGUGUGAACAGUUUCGCCAGCUGGUUCGGCUACAUGCCCCUGGUCCACUCCCAGUUCCGCCUGGACCCCCUGCUCUUCAAGGACCAGGUGUCUGUCCUGCGCAAGAAGUACAAGGACCUGGAACGUGCCUGA